CACUGAGGAAAGAGAAAAUGAGGGCAUGGAUACAGGAUGUAUGAUGGUAGCCGCAGACACUCUGGGUCCAUCUGGUCCAGAUCCAGCUACAUGUAAUCAACAUGAAGAAAAAAAAACCUCACCAUGCCAGACAACAGGCCCUCGUGCAAGAAGUGUCAGAGUGCAAGUAUCUGCAAAUUUGAAAGAGAAAGGUGUUCAAGCAGAGCUACAACCAAGAAUGAGGAGUAUCGGAGUGCAGUUUAAUGGGAGAGAUGAUAUCCCAGACUCGCAAUCAGCACAAAAACCUGCUUUGACACAUGACUCCUCUAGUAGUGACCAAUCUAUGGCUACUCCUUGUGACAGUGAAGCUGCCUCCAUGUAUGAACCAUCAGGCUCCAGUUCAGAUGAAUCACGGCUUGAUAUGGAGGGUGAAGUACCACACAACCCUUUAGAAGAAAGGAAGUUCAUUGUGAGCGAAUCUCAGCUACUUGAUCUGUUCAACUGCUGCAAGAUGUGCCAUCGGUUUGCCAGAGCAGAUGUGCAGCAGGUAGUUGGGACCAUGGUCCGGAUUGUUACGGAGUGUAUGUUUUGUGGAUACUCCUGGCAGUGGUGCAGUCAGCCAUCCAUUGGAACCAUACCAGCUGGGAACCUUGCCCUGUCUGCCAGCAUCCUGUUUUCUGGAGCCCUGGCAGCAAAGGUUUUACGUGUCCUGCAGUGUAUGGGGGUUGCCACCAUUUCACGGAGAACCUUCGCCACCCAUCACUCCUCCAUUUUGUUCCCUUCCAUUGCCCGUGUAUGGAACAGCCAACAGAUGGAGUAUGUUAGACGAUGUCAGCAGAAGGGACAGCCUCUUGUCAUUGGUGGGGAUGGUCGAGCUGAUUCUCCUGGCCACUCUGCCAAGUAUGGCUCAUACAGCACCAUUGACUUAGAGGAAGGCAUUGUCAUCGACAUACAAUAUCUAUUAUGUAUAUAAUAACAUUUAUGGCGAAACUUUUUCCUUAUAUUAUUUAUAUUAGUUAGUACCGGGUAACCCGUAUUGUACCUCUGAACAUUAAACCCCGUCGGGAACCCCUAUUCAACAUUAGCACAGUUUGUAUCUGAACCAAUGGAAACUUGUGUAUAGAUCACGUGUCUACUUCUGUUAGAAAGUUUUGAUUGUUUGGACUUGUAGAAAGCUGUUGAAAUUUGAGAAAUCCAGUAAUUUUUUAUAGUUUGUGCAUUGGAGAUUUGCACUAAGUGUAAGUGACUUGCAGUUUUGUUUUGUUAACUAGUACAUGUUAACAUCCUCGUGGGUUGAAUCAUUGGUACAGUAACUUUGUGCACUCGCUCAGCAGACGCGUCGCGUCAGUGACGAUGGCGGAUCAAACGUGCAAGGCGAUGGUGAUAGGACAUUCAUAUGUGCGCCGUUUGGAUGUUUAUUUGCAACGCCACAACAUAAUGAACUUACGUUUGGACAACGAAAAAUUCCAAGUUUCAUUACGGAGAAAGGGAGGUUUAUGUCUUAGACAUAUUCGUUUCAAUGCAAAAAUUCUGCACUUUGACACAACCCCCGAUAUAUGUUUCAUGCAGGUCGGUGAAAAUGACAUAUCGCCCCGUAGCGAACCAGGGAAAAUCUCAGAGGACAUUUUUUCGCUGGCUUGUUAUCUGCGCGACGGAGUUGGCGUAAAAAAAGUUAUCGUUGGCCAGUUGUUGCGUCGGCUGCCAUAUGCGUCCUGUCCACGGUUUAACGAGAUGGUACAGUCAGUGAACCACUUGCUGAAAGAAAAGUUAUCGGACGUACAAGGGAUUGUGUUUUGGCCACACCGUGGAUUCUGGGAGUCCCUGUCACACAUCGGCCCAGAUGGAGUACACCUGCUAUGUACUCAAGCCAAUGAUCAGCCCAUAAGGAAGUUUCUGCGGAGUAUACGCAACGCCAUAAUUAUUAACGCCAAAGAUCUCAGGCCAGUAUAAACACAUCAAAAAUUAAAUGCAAACUUGAGUUAUUUUAGGCCUUGCCUAUGUAGGCCAUGGGUGUUAUUGGUGUUUGAAACACUUUAAAAAAGCAUUCUUCAAUAUCUUCAAAGAAACAUUGGGUAUAAUGUUUAUUUACAUUUUACAAAGAAGCAGUCGGUAUACUGUUUCAUUAUUAUUAGGAACAUUCAGUAUAAUGUUUACAUAUUACCAAGAGGCAUUCACUAUAAUGUUUCAUUAUUGCAAGGAACCAUUCAGUAUAAUGUUUUCAGAAUUAACAAAAAGCAUUCAGUAUAAGGUUUACAUAAUUACCAGGAAGCAUUCAGUAUAAUGUUUCAUUAUUGCAAGGAAACAUUCAGUAUAAUGUUUACAUAAUUACCAAGAAGCAUUCAGUAUAAUGUUUCAUUAUUGCAAGGAAACAUUCAGUAUAAUGUUUACAUAAUUACCAAGAAGCAUUCAGUAUAAUGUUUACAUAAUUACCAGGAAGCAUUCAGUAUAAUGUUUCAUUAUUGCAAGGAAACAUUCAGUAUAAUGUUUACAUACUUACCCAGAAACAUUCAGUAUAAUGUUUACAUAAUUACCACGAAGCAUUCAGUAUAAUGUGUCAUUAUUGCACGGAAACAUUUAGUGUGUGGUUGCAGAGUUAUAUAGAUAUAAACUAUAUAUCUGUCUAUAUUUUAAAGUAGCAGCAGGGUAGAGUGCAAGGCCUGUGCUAUAGAGAUACAUAAAAUGCAAUGUCUAUUACACUGAGAGGCAUUUUAGUAUGAUAUUCCAUUGUUAUCAAUUAACAUGAGUAUGAUUUAAAAUUAGGGAAAGGUUAGCGGUAUGACGCUACUAUUACUACAUAUUUCCCUGGCACCUACUUAUGGUACUAUAUUUAUAUUCUUUGAUAACUAAAAACAGCCUCCAGAUUUGGCAUUUAGUUUCUUUCUAUCAAGUUAUAUUAUCUAUAUAUUAUUGUGCCUAGAGGUGUUCUUUGGGCUAUUGAAUUUCAGUCAAAUUCAGUUAUCAUGAACAAUAGCCCUUGUUGCGAUGUACAAGUCCAUUUUAUUAUACAGGCGAACUGUUUAUAUCUAUACUGGAUGUCAUGUGGUAUACUGUUUGGUGUUUACAGUAGUAUUAGUUUGCCAACUUUCUCACUCAUCAAGUUUGUUGGAAGUUGACUUGCCCCUUUUUCCUUGAUGCCCAGAUUUACUGUGGUUAAUUAUGUUUUAGCAAACAUGCCAAAGGGCAAAGCCACUUCAAGGAAGCGACCAGCUUCACCCCGGCCCGCUCCAAAGAAGUCCAGUCGUCACAGUACACACAACCCGUCUGUGGAACAAGAGCCUGCAGAGUUGACACCCACCAUAGACUAUGAAAAACUGGCAAGACACAUCGUCCAGGAGCAGGCACGGGCCCAAAAUGCAAACGUUCCCCCAGAACAGACGUCUCCCAAUUCACGGCACCAAAUAGAUGGGACUUGCGAGGACAUACCCACCACUUCCAACCAAGCCAUUUCGAGUGACAAUGUCACCACCAUCCUUGAUGCAGUAUUUCAGGGUGAGUCGGCACGCAAUCCCACACCCAUUACAAUCAGUGAUAACAUACCCUUAGGGGCUACAGUCCCUAUGAAAACCAAGUGCAAAAUCUGGGCCAAUGAAUUUAUUGACCUCAGAACACUACUGCCCAAUUAUACAGAUGAUCCCCUUUCAAUCACCAUAAAGGCAGGGAAAAUUGAUGUAGAGCAGAGCCAAAAACAAAAGUCUCCGCUCUCCAUCAACCAGUGGAUUGAUGCUUUUAUAACAUUUAUGUCCAUAUACCUUCAGAGAUAUCCAGCGGAGGCAUGCAAUCUCCUAAAAUACUGUGCAUACAUCAGGGAGAUUAGCAGAUUGCAUGUUGACGAGGCAUGGCGGGGAUAUGAUGAAACUUUUCGCAAGUUAAGAGAAUCCUCCUUACUUCCAUGGCAGCAGCCAGUACCGGAACUGAGGUUGCGGGUUGCUGUCAUGGGACCAAAAUUCUCAGAUAAGUCCCAUCCCCCAUAUGCUAAGAAGUCUAAUUUUCGUCCCCAAAAGGUGUGUUUCGCCUACAACCGGGGUGAUAAAUGUUCAGUCUCCCCAUGUAAAUAUGUCCAUGUGUGUCAGGAAUGUGGCAAUAGACAUCCCAGAACAAAGUGUUUUGCUAAACCCAAGCCCCAGCCACACCAACCAUCCCGUACCUCUUCCAACCCCAGUAAAACCAGCAAUACUACGUAAGGAGCUACUAGGUUAUGAUUCAAAUAAAUCACAAUACUUAGUUGAGGGAUUUUGUAGAGGGUUUAGGUUAGGUUGUGUAGGCGCACCCUUGGGAUCUUCACCACAGAAUCAUAAGUCAACUAGGGACCAUGUGGAGGCCAUUAAUGAGUACAUAUUGAAAGGAAUACAAGCACAACGAAUAGCAGGCCCCUUUGAUAUCCACCUUUAACAAAUUUUGUUACAUCACCAUUAGGCAUUGUUCCCAAAUCAGAAGUAGGUAAAUAUAGAGUCAUUCAUGACUUAUCAUUCCCCGAAGGUCAGUCAGUUAAUACAUACAUUCCUCGUGAAAAUUCCGAAGUUCAAUAUGAUACGAUAGACAAAGUUAUUUCACUACUACAAUAUUUUGGGCGGGGGGCUUUUAUGGCAAAAUCUGACAUUAAGGAUGCUUUCCGCAUAGUGCCCAUACAUCCAUCAGACUAUCAUCUUGGGUUUACCUGGAAAAGUAAAUACUAUUAUGACCGCUGCCUCCCCAUGGGAGCCAGUAGCUCAUGCAAAAUAUUUGAGGAGUUAAGUCAGGCUCUGGUUUGGAUCAUGCUCAACAAAUAUCAUGCAUCGGGGAUAUCCCAUAUCCUUGAUGAUUUCUUUUUCAUUUCAUCCAGUGUCGAAAAAUGUCGGGAGGACUUAUCACGGUUCCUUUUUUUGUGUAACCAGGUUAAUAUACCUAUCAAUAUGGCCAAAACUGUUGCCCCUACAACACAGUUAAUUAUAUAUGGCAUCGAAGUUGAUUCUCUCGCCAUGGAGUGUAGGUUGCCCCAGGAGAAAAUUAUAAAAAUUAGCAGCAAGCUCAGUGAUUUCUGUCAUCGGAAGAAGGUACACCUAUGUGAAUUACAAUCCCUUAUAGGCCUGUUAAAUUUUGCUUGUACAGUGAUAGUGCCAGGUAGGGCUUUCUUGCGACGCCUUAUCGAUUUAACUUGCAACAUCUCAAAGCCCUUCCAUUUUGUUUAUCUCACCAAAGAGGCACGUGCUGACCUAAGUAUGUGGUUCCAGUUCAUCUCGCACUUCAAUGGAAAAUCAGUUUUCCUCCCUCAACAAUGGGACUCCUCUGAUUACAUAAGUCUGUACACGAAUGCGUCAGGGUCAAUUGGCUUUGCGGCAGUGUUGGUCGAAAGAACUUGAUCAUUUCCAGAUUGCAAUUAAGGAACUCUUUCCCAUUGUCUUGGCUUUAGAAAUAUGGGGAGGACAUUUACAAAAUAGAAGGAUUCUUUUUCUAACUGACAACAUGGCAAUAGUACAAAUCAUUAACAAACAAUCUAGCAAAGACAAAACUAUCAUGAGACUUAUCAGGAGGCUUGUGCUUGCUUGCCUUUACAACAAUAUUCACUUCAAAGCCAAACAUAUUAGGGGAAAAUUGAAUGUAAUUGCAGACAAGCUAUCUCGUUUUCAAUUCCAGGCAGCUCGGCAGCUAGCACCGUAUCUGGAGGAAUGUCAGAUACCCAUUCCACACUCUCUUCUACACAUUUAGCACAUGGGGCACGGACACUUUUAUCUGCAUCCUUGGCAUUAUCAACUCAAUUAGCGUACCGGCGAUCAUGGCAACUCCUGCAUACAUUUCAUAGGCUAUGUACACAAGAUACUUGCAUUACCGGACCCUACACAGAUGUUUAUUGUGAAAAAGAUACUAAGGGGUUGUCACAGGUUGUCUCCCACAGUGGAUUCACGCCUGCCAAUUACCAGAGAUAUCUUGCUUCAGAUUAUCAAGGCUAUACCCCACACCAUUUCUGUUUUGGAUUAUCGUAUCAUGUUAGAAGCCCUUUUCUCUAUUUGUUUUCAUGCUUUCCUUAGACUUGGUGAGGUCACAGUAAAACAAGGCAUUACAUCAGAUAAAGUCAUUCACCUUCAAGAUGUAGAGUUUCAAUACAAUGGCUCAACUCCCUCUAGAGUGCAAUUAGUAUUGCGCUAUUUCAAAACCCAAAAAAAUGAAGAAGCCUGUCACAAUUUGUGUAGAGGGCUCCCCCACACUGGACCAUUGCCCAGUCAAAACAUUACACCGUUAUCUGUCGCAUUCAGUCAUACAUCUGGUCCACUUUUUCAAUAUAGAGAUGGUUCUCCGAUUACGUACAAUUAUGUUUCCAAAGAACUUUCAAACAUCAUUAAGUAUGUGGGUCUCAAUCCUGCACUAUACAAAGGUCACAGUUUUCGCAUUGGGGCAGCAACAUAUGCAGCACAAAAAGGGUAUUCGGAGAAUUAUAUCCAACAAUUAGGUCGCUGGAACUCUAAUGCCUUGAAACGCUAUAUUCGCAUACCUACACUUUCUCUUUGAUCACUUCACCUCUCCUGAAUCAGCUCAUUCGUUGGUGAAGUUCAAAUAUUUUAUGCAGGUCAGUGUUUGACUGCUGCAUCAAGUUGUUGGCUUAUUUCACUCAUUGGCUGUACCCGGUAUCUUUCUAUGCAGGCCCAUUUUUCACCAUAUAUAACUUUUGCCAAAAAUGCCAGUGUCCUACUUCCCAAAAAAUGGGGUUUACCAUGCACGUCAAUGUUUAAGUGUCGCAAUUAUAAGGUCAUUAUGCAGGUCAGUGUUUAACUGCUGCAACAACGGGGGUUACCAUGCAGGUCAGUGUUUAACUGCUGCAACAAUGGGGUCACCAUGCAGGUCAGUGUUUAACUGCUGUGGAAAAAAACCCAAUCCAUUUCCCUUCCCACUUUAAAGUACCUGUUUUAGGCAUAUUUGCGUGCUGACUCACCAACAGGGUCCAACCGAAAUAUCCAUUAAUUACCUCCGUUAUGGUUGAAUUGUAGUUAGGUUUUUCACAACUUAUAUAUAUAAAUGUUUGAAUUUGUUGCACAAUUUACAAGACAGCUCACCUUGGAUGGCUCUGAAUAUGAUUUGUUAAUCAUAUCUUUGGCCCUUUUUGUUCGCCAUCUUUUUGCUUGUUGUACACUUUGGAACAAGUUUCCAAGGUCUGUAUUUUAACUAGUCAUUGUUUGUUAUUUGUGAUAAUCAUGUAUGGGGAAAAUCAGGACAGAUGUGUUGAAAUCCUAUGUAAUUACAUUGUAUGUAUCUACUGAUUUUCCCCUGUUUGAACUGGUCAGUACCAUAUUUAUUUGUGAAAUUAUCUAUAUGGGGGAAAUCAGAAAUGAUGGUUUGAUAUAUUGUGCAAGAUUAUGACAGUGUUCGUGGAUCGCUGAUUUCCCCCCUUCUUUGUAUGAACCUUUAUCUUCGUCAUUUGUUGUCUAAAAUAAAUGACAUAUUUCAUUCUCA